GCCACUUGUGCAUGCGAUUGCGAACUUCUGUCGGCGGUUUUCGUGGAAGAGCGUUUUUGUUUACUUUUUCGCCGCUCUUCGUGUUUGGAACCUUCUCAGCACCUCCUCCUAGUUUGUCUUAGUGCCUAUGUCUGAGUAAUAUUUGCAUUUAAUACAUCAGCUACCAUUAAAAGACUGACUGUUGUGGAGCUUAAAAAUUUUCAAGAGGUUUGGAAAAAGUUUUGCUUGAAAGCACGUGUGAAUUUUGAAAAUUUCUGUUACCAAUGAAUGACCCUUGAUCUUGCACUUUGAUCUAACCACGUGAGACAACAGACUUAUCCGGAGCUAACAGAACAUAUUAUCAAUCCCACGCUACUGCCCCUGUCCAGCAAAGGAGUAUGCUGAGCCCAGAUCUCACACCAGACUUACAGUUUGUAGGUUCUGAUGUACCCUUUUACGAUAACGAUGUUUGUAAAAAGGAAAUGCAGUACAUUGAUCUACAACCACCAAUCCUCAGCCAGACGUCCAAUCAGUACAGUAACUCCGCCAUAAUGGAAUAUAUGUUCCCUAAUGGCACAAAUGAAGAUUUACAAUGGGAAACUACACGCCCCUGGCAGUAUAAGCAUCCUAACCAGUGGACAGAAGCGGAAGUCUUAGAAUGGCUCAUCAACUGGUCCAGACAAACUGGCAUUGAUCUUCUCGAACUCAACUGCAUGACAGAACUGAAUCGCAUGAACGGACAAACCCUUUGCGAACUGUCUCAGUCCGACUUUUAUACAUUAGACCACCAAUACGGACCCCUACUUUAUCAAAGCCUACAGAACGAAAUAGCGAAUCAUCACUAUCAGUUAAGUCCAACAUCAUUGGACGUUACUUCAUCAAUAAGGUCUGACAAUCCUUUACCUGCCUUCCAUACGUGGUCGAAUGACACGUAUUCACAACUUCUGAGUGUUGUUGGAUCAGACAUACAGGGUAACAGCCCAUCAUCAAGUCAUGAUUCUGACCGAGAAGAUAGAGAAAGUACAAGCAGUAGUAUGAGCACCGCAAAUGAAAAAUCUGCAGUCAACACUCCAGCAUUCAUAAUGUCAUCAUUAUGCUCAGAUAUUGACGGGAAGAAGCCAGGAAGAAGAGGUAGGCCACCUAAAUCGGAAGCCAGAUCUUCCAGAAGUCGACAAGGUAAAGGAAACGGAAAAUUGUGGGAGUUCAUCCGUGACCUGCUUUUGGACCCUGUGACAAAUCCGAGCCUGAUUCGCUGGGAAAGACCCGAGGACGGGAUCUUCAAGUUCGUGCAGUCGGACCGCGUAGCGAAAAUGUGGGGGGACAGGAAGCAAAAUCCCAGGAUGACAUACGAAAAACUCAGCAGAGCCAUGAGAACUUAUUAUAGCAGUGGAAUUCUGUCGCCGGUUCCAAAAACAGAAGGCCUACCCAAAAAACUGAUCUACAAAUUCGGCCCCAAAGCAAGCGGGUGGCUCAGAAAACGUGCAUGAACUUCAUGCAACCUUAUCAUUCUGGAGAGCUUUAUUUUGAUAUUACUAUAAGAGCCAAGUGCUUUUGCCCGUCUUUGGCAGGAGGUUGGUUUACAAGUUUGGCCCCAACGCAACUGGUUGGAGGCAUGGUCCAGGCUGCCACUGAGCGACUUCUGGUGUACAGUCAUUUAACUUUCAACACCCCACAUCUGUCGUGCACAUCCCUAGAUUGGAACUGCAGAAGUUGCUCAUUUCAUACUUUUUAAGUACAUAAAAAUCUAUCUCCAUUCACAUUAAUAUGUAUCAAAAAAUGAUUGAAACUUCCACCAAUUGAGGAAAUGUCCGUACAAGAGGAUCGGUAAAACUGGAAGAUUUCGAUUUCAGAUAUUAUCUCCAAGAACAAUGAUCUCCGCUUGAUCCUUGUUUAGAAAGCGUUGUCCACAAAUAUAUUUUCCGUUAUUUUGUAUUGUUUUUAACAACUGAGAAAGAUUAUUUUUGUUUUUGCUUUGCGAAUUUUUAUUGAUGUAUGUGUUGCAGUUGGUGUUAUACGUUUUCAUAUAACUUUUUCAAUCACUUUGUGUGCAAAGUAUGUGUUACUAUUAUUGUAAUUUCAAUUUUAUGUGAUUUUUUUAGACAAUUUCUGAAAUAUUUUGUAUUUUUAAAUACAUAAAAACUGAUUAGAACAUAUAGUUUUUCUCUUUGUAGAAAUUAAUUGUAGAAAAAUAAUUGCAAUUCAACAUCUAAAAUUUAUUAUAAUUGAAUAAUGAAAUUUGUUUAGUAAAAUGUAAUAUUAGUGCAUUGGUUUUUUUUUAAGAAUUCUCAUUUAAAAAUAAAAAUAAAUAUUAUAUUUCAGAUUGUCUAGUUUAAUUUAAAAGUAUUUAAUCAUUAUUAUUGUUUUCUUUAACAAAUUUGUGUGACUGUCCCAAACUUUUCAUUGUUAAGACUAUAUAUAUUAUAUAUAUAUGUUUCAUUUGCAAAAACUCAAUUAGUAACUCCGGACAUGCUUCUAACAAUGAAUGUAAAAAUCUGACAAUCAAGUCAUGAUAAAAAAAAUAUAUGUUUUCAUUUAAAUGUUUGUGUUUUAUGUCCUGUAAGUGUUGUACCUUUAGAUUAUUUUGUAAAAAGUUACAUUAUAUGUAAUAAUUGAUAUAUAAGUAUAUAUUCUUUAAAGGUAUUAUGAGCAAAGAUUAUAUGAUAUCAGCUGCUGUAAAAUAGCAGGGUUACAUAGCUUCAUUCAUAAAGAUUUUAUUUUCUGUGGACCAGUUAAUUCAUGUAAAUAUAUAUUUUAAAGAGUUUUAUAUGAAAUAAAUUUUAACUUAGAGUUUAAUAUUUAAAAGCUUUUAUAUAAAAUCAUAUAUAUAUAUGUAUAUGAAUAUUUUUAUGGCCAAAAAAUAGCCAUUUCUAGAAAGGUGAUUGAAUAAUGAAUCAAAAUAUUUUGUGAUACUAAUUAUAAAUUUUAGUUAUAUUGUAUAGUAUUUACAUUUUGCAAAUUAAUAAAAUUAAAUAUUUUAUGAAACUUUAAAUAUAUUUACUUGAGGCCAUUAUAGAAGCUGUAAUAAAAACGAUUUGUGAUAAUUAAUUUGAAAUUAUGUUGAUUGUAUAUCAGAUAAUAAUAUAUUCUAAUUUCAAAAUAUAAUAACCAUAUUACUUUAAAAUUCUGACAUAUUAAAAAGAAAUCUUUGAAUCAUUUCGCAUACAAAUAUCUGAUCAGAAAUGAAAUAAAGUUUAUGUGGUUCAUUAUUUUCAGUAGAUUUUUUUUGUUUUAUAAACCAUGUAUGUUGUGAGUCUCGAAAACAUUAUUAAACAUUAAUGCCCUUUUUUUGUUUCCUCACGAAUAUCUUUCAUCAAAAAUUUUUUUUAAGUUUGCUAAUUCUGCAUCAUUUUUUUUCUUAUUUAGUUAUACUAUUUCAAAAAUAAUUUCUGGUGAAAUUUUUAUUUCUUUGUUAAUGUGCAAUAAAAUAUCUCUUCAAAGUAUUAUAUCAUUUCUUGUUAAUAAUGUUAUCAAUUUUGAUCUAUUUUAUUUUAUGUUUUUCCUCAUAUAUUGACUUGAAAUGAAGAUAAAAUCUUCAUUUUCGAAAAGAAGAAAAUUUCCAUAAUUUUUUCUCUCAUUAAUUUUUGUAUGGACUAGAACAGCCUUUUUUCCCUAAAUGGAAAUUUUUAAACCUAUUUUUUUAAUUUUAUUUCCUUCUUCCAAAUUUGGCUUUCAUGCGUUCUUAUUCCAUUUCUGUGGCAUUGUUAAAGAAAUUAUAUCAUUUUCCUCUUAUUAUUUUGAUCAUUUAUUUUCAGAUGCAAAACAUACUCUUUUUCAAGUGAAUUAAACUGUGUAUAUAAAUUUCAAAAUGCAUAUGUAUUAUUUUCGUAGAUAUAUUUAUAGUAUAAACAUAUCAAAAUGUUCAAUCAAAAGUUUUUAUUAAAAAGUUUUAUAUUAUGUGUUGAUUCUUUUUAGUUUAUUAUAUCGAUGAGUUAUGCAUUUUUAGUCCAUGGGUAGGCGUUAUGUCAUAUUGCUAAACACUGCUCUGUGACUUAAAUUAGAAAUAUUUAAAAUCUUUUUAUUUUAAAAAAUAUCCAGAAUACGUAUCAAUUAUGUAUCUUAAAAGAUAAGAACAAUUUUUUUUAAUUUAAAAUUUGUAAAAUCUUGUAAAUUUAAUUUACUAAAUAAAAUCUUGUAAAUAUGAAAUCUAAUUGUUCUUCCAAGGCAAAUAUUAUGUCAUUGAGCAUUAAUAUUAAAUAAAUUAUUUGAAUAAUUAUUUUUUUCAAAAGGGAAAUAUUUCUUAAAUUUGAAAUAUAUC